UUAAGGGAUGUUCCUCGGCAGGCGCUGUCUACAGCCGAAGGUUCCGGGCUGAAUGCGAGCCCUUUGAGCAGCUGAGAGAGAGAGAGAGCGAGAGAGGCGCCGGUGCCAGGGGGAAGCUCCCGUUCCCACCCGGACUAUGGUGAAAGCUCUCUGCGAUUUCCUCAUGUUUAUAUCCCGAGUCGUUGGGAAGAUCAAGAACCUCCUGUUCUGGGCUCUUGCUUACAGUUUCUGCGGGCUCUGUGCCUGUCUGGUCUUGCUGAAACUUCUGUGGCACAUCGUCAGGAAGCCGGCAGAAUCCUUCCAGUGGACUAAACGGGAAAUCCUCCCCGCUUGCCUGAACGACACGUCCUUGGGAACUCACUGUUACCUGCGAAUCAAGGAGUCAGGAUUAAGGUUCCACUAUGUUGCUGCAGGAGAAAGGGGGAAACCACUAAUGCUGCUGUUGCAUGGAUUCGCUGAGUUCUGGUACUCCUGGCGCUAUCAGCUUCAAGAAUUUAAAUGCGAAUUCCGAGUCAUCGCAGUUGAUUUACGGGGAUAUGGGGAAUCUGAUGCACCCAUCGGUCGUGAAAAUUACCAGCUGGAUUGUUUGAUCACCGACAUAAAGGAGAUUGUGGAUUCCCUGGGCUACAAGAAGUGUGUUCUGAUUGGCCAUGACUGGGGUGGACUGAUUGCCUGGUGUUUUGCGAUCUAUUAUCCAGAGAUGCUAGACAAGAUUGUUAUUCUGAACUGCCCACAUCCUGCAGUUUUUUGUGAUUACCUGGUGCGACAUCCCUCCCAGCUGAUGAAAUCAAGUUACUUUUUCUUUUGCCAAGUGCCAUGGCUUCCUGAAUUUGCUCUUACAAUAAGUGAUUUCAAGGUAUUGAAGUACUUAUUCACAAGUCAGAGCACUGGCAUUAGGACAAAAGAGUGCAGGAUGACUGCGGAUGAGAUCGAAGCCUAUUUGUACAUCUUUUCCCAGCCUGGAGCCUUCUCUGGACCACUCAGCCACUUCAGGAAUAUAUUCAGUAGCCUGCCCUUGAACCAGAAUGAGGUGGUGUCACCCACUCUGUUGUUGUGGGGAGAAAAAGAAGAAUUUCUGGAAUUCAGAAUGGCUGAGCUCUCGAAGUCCUACGUGAGGAAUUGUUUCAGACUGAACGUUGUGCCUGAGGCCAGUCAUUGGCUUCAGCAGGACCGACCACAGCUGGUCAACCAUUUGAUCUGGGCAUUUCUGAAGGAAGUCGACCAGUAAAACUUACUGUCACUGAAGUAAGGCGCGAAGAUCUUGCGACAGUUCCAGUGUCAAAAGUAAAUGUUUUUCUGUGUCGUUUAACUGUAGCCAGUUCUCUUUACACGUGCUGUCUAAACUCUAUGGUGCUGAAUGAAAGUCUGCUUGUGAGGUUUGUACUUUUGUUGAUGCACUAUUUACAUGUAAUGCUGAGCAGUAACCAUUUAAAGCUGGGGUGUUCCUAAAAUGUCUCUACAUUAUAUACUAUUAAGAUUCCUAGUGACCUCAUUUCUGUGUAUUUGGACUGGCCAAGAGGUUCAGACAGGUUCAAGUUAUCUGCCUAAGGGGGUCAUUGUCAAGACAUAUGAACCUUCAACUGUUUUCAAAGCGUUGCUGACAGGCGGGACAGAGCUGGAAGACAGGAGAUAAAGGGAAAGAGCUUUAACUGAAAGAGAUCCAACAUCUUUUAAGACAGCAUCUUAGCAUACAUAUUCCUGAAUCUUUGCACGUGAAAACACCAGCCUUAAAACUUGUAAAUAAGAAACAGUGAUGUCACCAUGUAAAUGAGAGGAACAUGUUCUUUACUAUGUGGUGCCUUUCACUAGAUUCUUCCUGAGAAAAUAAAUUAAGAGUGCCAUUUCUGAAAAAAUAAAUGGGGAUGUUUAUAUUUUAUAUUUAUAAGUUGUAUAGAUUGAUGUUUUUAUUGACAAGGAUCAUGUACUGAGCAUAUUGCUGUAAUCACAACCAAGUUACCAUAUAAAAUGUAUAUAUUCAUCCAUAGAAAAUUAUGAACAGAUUGCCUAGCUGGUAUAUUCUAAGUACAAAAGUUAUGGAUUAUUUUCUAAUUGGGAACCAAUUUCUGCAGAUCUCUGCAAGCUAUCUAGUUGGUCAUUGAGAAGGGACUGACCUCAUGAAGCACCAGGGCUCCAGUGUGCCCCAUCUACAUGAGUCACAGCAGCACCUUGCCAAGGCUUCUUCCACAGCGCCUCCCAAACCCUGAUCUCUGCACCCAGAAGGACAAGGACAGCACGUGCAUGGUAACACCAUCACCUGCAGGUUCCCCUUCAAGUCACAACCAAUUCUGAAUUGGAAAUAUGUUGCCAUUCCUUCAUCGUUGCUAAGUCUAAAUCCAGGAACUCCCCUAUUCAACAGCAUUUUCGGAGUCCCAUCACCAAAACUAUCUAGUUGGUCGUUGAGAAAGGACUGACCUCAUGAAGCACCAGGGCUCCAGUGUAUGCUGUGUCAGUUCAAGAAGGCAGCUCGCCGCCACCUUCUAAUUAGGGAAGGGUAAUACAUGAAAUAGUUAUGUACUUUGCAAACUUUUCUAAACGCUGUAGGUUUUUUGAGAUGGUUCAAAGAUCAGAAAAAGGAAAUGAAAUUAAAAUGUAAGAAUAAAUUCACUGACCAUCCCAGCAAGCCAUGCGUGGUGGAAAUGCGAGCCCAAGAUUAGUCUUCACCUAUUCCUUCAGUGGCGGGCUCUCUUUUGGACACACAGCACUAGUGAAGUUUCCCAGUAAUUACUUUGCAUUUAGAAUGUACUAACAUUUUGGAUACAAAUUCUUUGGCAAUAUGGUCCAUUGAAAAUUUGACAAUUUGUGCAUUCUUGUUUCUAAAGGUGAGAGUGAUUGCACAGUUUGUUUUAUUUGUGAUAUAAACUGACUGUACCUUCCAUGGAUGAUCCCACAGUAUAUACUUUCUUGACACUCUUAGAGCACUAAUUUGCAUCAUACUUGUAUCAGCCCAGUAGAGCUGGAGUCCAAUGUUCACCUCAUGCAAAUCGUGCUGAUGACAGUUACCUACGGUGAUGGAUUUGCUUAAGGUCCCCUUAGUGUUUUUAUUGUGAGAGAGAAUAAUUGUCAGCUGACAUUCUGGACUAUAGCACCUCAGCAGGCAUCUUACUGAUGCUCCUGUAGUUCUAAAGUGGGUCUUUGAGAGUGUGCUCACAGUAUCAAAACACUAGCAUGUUAAAUGGUCCAAGUAAAUCCUAAAUCCAUAAAAUUAAAUAAAGUUAUCCAAACAGAGCAGAAACUAGAUAAACACACUUAAAGAAAGAAUAUGUUAAUGAAUAUGGGGAAAGAACUCACACUAUGAUUAGUUAACUUCUAUACUCCAAUUUGUUCCACCCAUUUAUUUUUAUGGUUUAAAAAUGAGAGGAUAGAGAAAGUAUAUGGAGUUUCACAAUGGGCCAAAUGGCCUCCUUCCCUGCUAAAUUGUCCAUGUUUCCCACCUUGUUGUGAGACUCUGUAGCCAUCCAAUUAAGGGAUUAAAAUCUUUGAGUGCACUACCACAGAACAAUGAUACUCUGAAUUUCUGUUAUUUAAAUCUGACAGCAGUGUAGCACAAGUGUACAUUAAGGAAAUUUAUGUUGAUCGUUGAAGAAGAUCAACCAAAAAAAGCACUGUGCUAUUCAAACACUUCUUAGGAAAAUUAUUUUGACAUUGAGCUAAAGAUAACAUUCCCAAAAACUAACCAAAAAACAUUUAAAACAUUCUUCUAUGUCCCUAUAUCUGUGAAUGUACAUCAGAUGUGCAUGCAAAAUGUAUAUGUCCUUGCUUAUAGUCAAAAAAAUACACAGGGAUGCUAAUUUUUAACCUGAUGUAUCACAACAGAUCUCAUUCCCCUUAAUUUCUGGUCGUCCUUAAAGUAUGCCUCUGGCCCAUCUCCAGGCCACUCCAAGAAAUAUCAGGAUAGAUCAUGUGAUGACUUCUGUGGGUUUGGGAUGACUUUAUUUGAACUUCAAUGAAAUGGCAUUGACCCGAAACGUUAGCUCUGCUUUUCUGUUGAGUUGUUAGGUAUUUCCAGAUUUUUCUGUUUUUAUUUUUAACUUACCACCAUCCACAGUGUGUUGCUUUUGAACAAUCAACAAUAUAAUGCUGCUUACAUCUAUUUAAAUGGGGAAAUAAAAAGGUAUUAAUUUCAGUUAAAAGACAACUUAAAAGUAAAUGGUGAAGUUAAUCAAAGCUGCUGAAUUAACCAAUUAAACAAUAGAAUAAAUUAGAACGGGAAAAACAAUAAUUAGUGAGGCUGGUUAUUAAUUGACAGUGUUCAGGUAUUGCCUAGGUAAAGUUACCAAUUCUUUCAGUGGCUCAGCUAGUAGAGCCACUACCUCACAGCACAGGUUCAAUCCCAACCUUGGGUGUCAUCUUUGUGGAAUUUAUGUGUUCUCUCUGUGACUGUGUGGGUUUCCUCUGUGUGGCACGUUCCCAAGAGCAUGUGGAUUGGUCAGUUAAUUGGUCCUAGUGUGCAGGUCAGUGGUAGAAUCUGAGGGGAGUUGACAAGAACGUGGGGAGAAUUUUAAAAAUGGGAUGAACGUAGGCGAUUGUGCGUAAAUGGGUGAUUGAUGGUCAGCAUGGACUUGGGGAUUCAAGAGCCUGUUUCCACACUACAUCUGUGACUCAUUAACGAGAGAGUGGCCUGAUCUGGUGUACGUUUCUGAUCAGCCUCUCUGUGUAAUAUGUGAUGGUUCCUCUUCCCUGACAUCUCAUACACUGAUGUCAAGCAAAUUGUCAAAACCCUAAUUCAUAAAGAAUUUGUAAGUUUAAAACAAUUGACAUAUUCCAAUGCUUGAUUCCUUGCUAAUUAUUGGGCUGUUACCGUCUCCCCAGAUUUUAAGGUGUUUGGGUUUUUCUGCUUCCAUAAGGAAAUUAAAUGAUGCAGAAGGUAGGCUUAUUUGAAUGAGUCAGGAAUACUAAAAGAACCUAAUGCACUCAGCCUAAUGGCACAAGGAUAGAUGGGAACUAAUGUAUUUUUGUAUCAAUGCUGUGUUCAUUUAGAAUGCACUGUGUUGCUAUUCUGGUUUUACCCCAGUCCCUUAGUUGGAUGUAGAGCAUAUUUUAUGUAUAAUAAGCUCCAAUUUACCUUAUAUUUUAUGGAAUAUAUACAAGUAUCUUACUAUUACCAAAGAAACUAAUUUAUUUUUCAAGAAGGCCAUAAUUCCCCAUUAUUGGUCAUUUAAAUCAAACAGAAAUGAGAAGGUGACAUUUGGUGACAUUUCCUAUACUUCUUCAAAAACGCAUAAGGCUCAUAUUUUGUAUAUGCAGCCUUCUAAGAAAAUGUGAAUUAAUUUAGCCAAUUUAUUGAUGCAGUAUAAUUUUAUCACAGUGAACUCAAUGUAAUUUGUAUUUAUUUUCAUUGUAAUGUAAAAUAUUGUCAUUUUAAUAAAGUAAUGAAUGUUAUGGAA